CUGCGCUCGCUGAGAGAACUGUGCGGCGAAAGCGGGCUUGUACCCACCAGGUACAGGUUGUCGGGACUGGCCAGGGUUGGGACAGAUCCACCUUGCGCUGGUGGAUUUGCCGACGUAUAUCGGGGGACCUUCAAUGGCAAAUUUGUGGCUCUGAAGUUCAUGCGACUGCACGUCAGGGAGAGGAAAUCGUUCAUGAAGGUGUUCUGCAGGGAGGCCGUCGUCUGGAAACGACUGAAUCACCCUCAUAUCGUUCCCUUCAUCGGCAUCGAACCGUCGUACCAAGCGUGUAUCGUGUCGGAAUGGAUGGAGCAUGGCGAUGUCAUUUCGUAUCUCGAAAGUCACCCGCAUGCGAAUCGCGUUCAACUCAUCACGGACAUCGCUCGUGGCUUGGAGUACAUGCAUGUCAGCGGUCUCGUUCACGGGGAUCUCAAAAGCCGCAAUGUCCUUGUUGACAACCUUGGGUAUGCGCGUCUCAGUGACUUUGGUCUCGCCACGACAGUUUUUGGUACCACCUCUUUGGCGCCGACGGCUGGGUCGUCAGCAAAUUGGGGCUCGUUCCGUUACAUGGCCCCUGAGUUGUCCGAUAUUGCGGCAAAGGAUAAGAGGUUAACGUCGAAGUCUGACGUGUAUGCGUUUGGUAUGACCGCAUGGGAGAUUUUCACUGAGAGGCGCCCGUUCUACGAUAUCCCACACGAGCUUGUGGUUCUUCUCCAAGUUCGCGACGGCAAGCGACCAGAGCGUCCUCUUCAUGCACCAGGUCUGGACGAUUUCAUCUGGAGUAAUGUCAUCAGCUCCUGCUGGGUAGCACGUCCGUCUAAGCGACCUCGGAUCUCGGAAGUA